AUGGACCCAAAAUCCUCCUCAACCGAAAUAUCAGUCGAGUUCCCGACAAUCUUCAAAAUCUACAAAGACGGCCGCGUCGAAAGACUUACAGGCACCGAUACCGUCCCGCCCUCCACCGACCCGGAAACCGGGGUCCGAUCCAAAGACAUCGUCCUCUCGCUCGAAUCCGGACUCUCCGCCCGCAUCUUCCUACCCAAACUCCCCGAUCCGACCCGGAAGCUCCCCCUCCUUGUUUUCAUCCACGGCGGCGCUUUCGUCAUCGAGUCCCCCUACUCUCCUCUCUACCACAACCACGCCGCUUUGCUAACAUCCGAAGCAAACGUCGUUCUCUUGUCUGUGAACUAUAGGCGUGCCCCCGAGCACCCACUCCCUGUUGCGUAUGAAGACUCAUGGGAAGCACUCCAAUGGGCCGCGGCCCAUUCGAAUCGUAAUGGGCCCGAAACCUGGCUCAACGACUAUGUUGACUUUGACCGUGUUUUCGUGGGCGGGGACAGCGCCGGGGCCACCCUUACGCACCACGUGGUGCAUCGGGCAGGAGUCCAUGGGCUGAACGGGGCGAAGAUAGUUGGGAUGAUUUUGUUUCACCCGUUUUUUGGGAACGAAAAGCCCGAUAAGCUGCUCGAGGUUAUUUUUCCGGAGUGUAAUGGGCUUGACGACCCGAGAGUGAACCCGGGAAAGGAUCCGACAUUGGGGGAGAUUGGGUGUGGAAGGGUGUUGGUGUUUGUGGCUGAGAAGGACUUUUUGAGGGACAGGGCCUGGACUUACUAUGAGGCAUUGAAGAAGAGUGGGUGGGGUGGGGUGGUUGAGAUUUUGGAGAGUGAAGGGGAGGACCAUGUGUUCCAUUUGUUCAACCCAAGCUGUGACAAAGCUGUGGCUUUGGUCCAAAAGGUGGUUUCUUUCAUAAAUCAAGACUAG